UUAUAUAUGCUAUUCUAUAUAUAUAUAUGUCUAUAUUUAGUUAUGUAAAGGUGAGUAGUCAACUAUCUUAACAUUUAUAAAAAUUGAGAAUUCAUGAGGCUAUAGUACUAAUGCUGCUGUGCAUUCCAUUUGUAAUAAUUAUAAAUAAGUUGAAGGAAGAAAAUUAUUACAUAUUUUAGAUAAAAAAAAAAAGAAAAGAAACAGGAUAGAAGAAUAUGUUGACUGAUGCAUCUCCCUAUAGAACCAAAGCUUGAAAUAACAAAAUAAGAGUUCAUUCCUUUAGCACUCACAUUGAGUAUCACAUAUACACAUUUGAGUUCAUUUUGAGGUUUAGUAGCUAUUGUUACUUAUAUCUUUCAUUUAUUCACGUGGAACUCUAUUUUGGCUCUAUAUAUGUUGAUGGUAACAUAUUCUAUGUAUCUUUUUUCUAUUAUUUUUUUCCUCUUAAAUAAUUAAUUAUUUUGCUAUAGAUUUUAUGUUUUCUAGCAAUUAAUUGUUUAAAGGGUACUUCAUAGAUAUAGAGUAUCACAACUUAAUUAGUUCUAAUUAUCAUUUUUUUUACUUCUAAAGAAUAUUACAGAUGAUGCCAAAGAAGCAUGAGAUUGAGAAUUUGUGGAACCACAUUCUACAUAUCCUAUAUAUAAAUUUAAGCCCAGUCCAAUGCUGCUAAAUUACUCCUUUCCCCUUGUUGAAUCUAUUUAUAUACAUAGUGUAAUAUUCUUUUAAGAGUUUUUGACAUAUAGAGCACUCAAUUCUAAAGUUCACUCUUACAACAGUCUAGAGGAAUUCCAUUAGCUACUAACAUCAUGGAAUGUACUGUGGUCUUUCUAAAACUGUGUUGCUUUACUUCCUAAUUGGGUCGGGAAUCUUGUUGCUUGACUUCUUGUAAGUAGCUUAGCUAGCACCAUGUUUGUUUGUUGUCAAAUUAGUGGUGAUUUCUUAUAGUCUAGAAAGUUUAAAUAUCAUUGAAAAAUGACAUAUCUAAAGAUGUUGGAAGAUAAAUAAUAUUUUUCAAUGAUUAUAUGACAGAGCUUGGCACAAUUGCAACAUCUAGAGUUGGCACUAAGGCAACUGAUUUAUUUUAGCAUGUUUUCUAUGACAGGGUCUUUUACAUGUGCACUAAGGCAAUUGAUGCCUUUGGCACUCUCUCUCAUGAUUGAUUUUUAGUUAAUACUUCAUAAUUAAUAGUGUAUUCACUAAAUUCAUGUCAAGCUCUUUAUCAGAAGAAGUUCAAUAAAUCCCAAUUUUGUUAGAACAAGAUAUGUAUUGUAGAAAUAUAACACAAAUCCAAUCCAUUAAAAAGCUGAAUUUGCUUUCUCUUUUCAUGGACUUACUAAAUAAAAAUUGACAGGUUAUGGUGAUGGUAGUGUUUAUGUUUGGAGCAUUAGAAGUGGGAAAGAAGUAAUUUUAAAUCAUCUGUUAAGAAUUUACUAAUCUUGCAUCUAUAUAUACAUAUAUUUAUAUAUGUACUUAUUAUAUUUUUUUGUUUAAAUGCUAAUUUGACUUGUAUAUAUUUUACCAAUUAGACUAAAGUUUGUUGCAUGAUAAUUUUAGUAUUUCAUUUAUAAAUUCACUACAAAUUACACUUAUAAUUGGUUUGCUGACGUUAUGUUUUAGUUAAUUGUUUUAUAUUGAUUAGUUGUCAUUGUAUUUAUUGAUAUUCAGGUUGUUCUUCUAGAUUUUUCAAAGGUGAAUAGUAUACAACUUAUGCAUAAUAAAUUCAUGAACCAAUUACAGAUCGUUGAGCAUGGUCUGGGACAUCUGCCAUUUACAGAAAAACAGGUGGUCACUCCAACUGGUGCACAAGGACUAUGUGCCUAUCCUUAUGGAGUGCCUCAAUGAUGGGACUCCAGAUGUGAGGGAUGCAGCCUUUUCAGCUUUGGCAGCGAUAGCUAAGUUGGUUGGUAUGAGACCCUUGGAGCGGUCACUUGAGAAACUUGAUGAUGUUAGAAGAAAGAAGCUUUCUGAAAUGAUUUCAGGUUCUGAAGGUGGCACAUCCACCAAUACAAGCUCAGCUGUCCAAGCUUCUGGUGCAACCGCAUCCUCUCAUGAGGCAAGUAAAAAGCCUUGGAUCCAGUUGCUCCAGUUUUUUAAGUACUGCCUUGUAUCAGUAUCUAAUAUAUUAACUUCAACAUGCCAAAAUGAGAAUUUGAGAGCUUUCAUCAAGUUUGGUGAGGACUGCAUACUUUUCUGGGGUGUAAAUGAUCACAGUGAAAAUGGCGUUGAAAAAAAACUUCUGGGUUAUUUUUGUUCUACUCCUUUUAGGAUUUGCAGCUAAUUUGCACACUGCAAAACGUGCUCCUCAGCCUAGGUCUCGCCGGAUUCUCUUGGAUACAGAUGUUGAUACGAAUGCAUUUCACUAAUUUUUGUAUACAUUUCUUGUUUUGCAUUUAGUGAUAAAGGAAUCUGAAUUGGCAUAAAUUAUGUUGUAAUAUGAUUUCUUAAGCCUAGACUAGUAGACUAAAUAUUGUAAUUACAUUUGAGUAAUUAAUAAAAAUCUAUUUAUGUUA